AUGUCUUUAAAUUUACAAAAAGAAAUUUCUGAAGCCAUAAAAAAUUAUUUUGGUUUUUGUACAUUAAAAGUCGAAAAUCUUUCUUAUCUUCAUGUUGGACAUAAAUCAAUGAAAGACGUAAAUUCAUUAGAAACACAUUUUAAAAUAAAAAUUAAAUCUAAAAAAUUUAAUGGUCAGAGUGAAGUUGAAAGACAUAGAAUGAUUUAUAAAAUAAUAGACUUUGCAUUUAAAAAAGGAUUACAUGCAAUAGAAAUGGAUUGUGAAUCAGAUCUCGAAUAA